AAAAAAAAGAGGAAGAAGAGGUUCUGGAGGCUGCCCUCUUUCCUCAGAGCUGCCCGAAAACACCUCAGCAUGAUCCGCCGGGGUCAGACUGAGGUGCAGCUCAUUGAGCCAGCAUUGCCAGCCAGCAGCACUGAUGAUGACAUUAUGAGCCGCUAUGAACUCUGGUGGUCGUCUGGGGGUUGGUGGGUUUGGCGUCGUUCAUGAAGCCAUUCGUGUGGAGGAUGGCCUUAAGGUGGCAGUGAAAGAAGUCUUGAAGACACACGAUUUGGAAUAUUUAACUAUUCCUGAUCAUCCAAACCCCCUACCCAUGGAGAUCGCCCUUACGAUCCUGGCCAACAAGGGACCCACUGCGCCAGGGAUUAUAAAGAUGCUGGACUGGCAGGACCAACGUGACAACUAUGUCAUGGUCCUCGAGUGUCCGUCGCCCUGCGAGAACCUUGUCAGUUUCUUGGAGGGCCACGGAUGCAGGCUCAGUGAAGGUUUAGUUCGGCACAUCAUGCGGCAGGCGACACAGGCGGCUCGCACGUGCUGUCGCCGUGGUGUAUUCCACGGCGACAUGAAGUUGGAAAACUUCAUCGUGAGCAAGAACACCCUGGAAGUCAAGUUAAUUGACUUUGGGUGUGGGGACCUCAUGAGAAAGUCUGCCUACACGACAUUGUAUGGCACCAUGGAGUACUACCCUCCUGAGUACAGGAACAAGGGCAAGUACCAUGCAAAGCCUGCAAUGUCGUGGUCUCUUGGGGUCAUCUUGUUCACGAUGCUGUGCGGCCGUUUUCCAACUGGCGAGGACCUGCAGAAGACCGAACUAAACCUUUGGUCGGAGCCUGGGCUGUCAGAAGACUGCUGCCAUUUGAUCUGCAGCCUUCUGCAGCCUAAACCAAAACGGCGGCUUGGUCUGGGAAAAAUCCUUCGCCAUGACUGGUUUAAGGUACUGAGUCUAAGAUCAGCCAGUCUCCAUGUAAGUCGUGGAGAAAUGGAGAUCCAACCCCAGACAUCUCCAAAGUCUCCUGUCAGCUUUGCGUCUUGCGGGCUGGCAGGAAGGCUUUCCAUCCAUCCGGAAACCUUUGCGUCUUGCGGGGCCGGCAGGCCAUGGUUGCGUCUUGCGCCAUGGCCUGAAGCAGCAGUACUAGCGUCUUGCGAAUGCUGCCGAUUCAGUCACCCUCAUCCACCAAGCGGCAGCUCGUUCUGGGGAAUAUCAUUAACCACGACUGGCUUCAGAUCUCCAUAUGUCGUGGAGAACCUCCAGCCCCAGACGUUUCCAGUGUCUCCUGUCAGCUUUGCGUCUUGCUGGCUGGCAGGAAGACCUCCCAUCCCUCCGGGAAACCUCUGCGUCUUGCGGGUCCGGCAGGCCAUGGUUGCAUCUUGUGCCAUGGCCUGA